CUGAGGCUUGAUCGUGCAGCUCUUCCGCAUAUCUGACAGUAGCUCCGAGAUCCAAUAGGAACCGGAGUGCUCAUUCCAGACCAAGACUGUUUCUGGCGUGACGAAGUAUAGGUGCAUGAGCCUGGCCUUCAGUUUUUCCGGCGACUUCUACCGGACGUCAUCGACAUACUGGUCUCCGUUGACGGGCGAGCUUUGAAUUGCCCAGGAUAUUCAGGCGAACCUAGAUCAAGGGCGUAAUCACCCUCAAACACACUCUUACGUCAAGCUGGAAGGCUGAGAGCCCUUCCGGGUGCAUACAGCGUGAUCGACCGAAGAUCUGCCCAGUUGCCUAACCGGCUAUUAUUCACUAUAUCCAUUCCACACCUUUAAGAUGGAGGGGAAAUACGCUUCAGACCCCGAGUGGGCCUCCAUCCAGCCGAUUCCUCUCGAUGAUGGCGCCGAAUCUGGAGCACAGCCCUUGGCCACCAUUGCCUAUGCUUCAGAAUACCUUGAGGCCACAUCGUAUCUACGAGCGGUCAUGGCGGCCAACGAAAUGUCGGAAAGGGUGUUGAAGUUGACCGAAGACAUCAUUUCGAUGAACCCUGCGCACUACACCGUAUGGAUUUACCGAGCUAAGAUCCUGGUUGCUUUGGAGAAAGACCUCAAAGAUGAGCUGGAAUGGCUGAAUGGCGUAUCCCUAAAGUACCUGAAAAAUUAUCAAAUAUGGCAUCACCGUCAAGUCCUUAUGUCUCGCAGGGAGUUCUUUCCAACCCCGCCGGCCAAGGAACCGGACUUUCUUAUGGAGAUGUUCGCCCAAGACUCUAAAAACUACCAUGUCUGGACCUACCGCCAUUGGUACGUCCGUCACUUCAAGCUCUGGGAUGCCCCGCGCGAAAUCCAGGACGUGGACGCCUUGCUUGCGUCCGAUGUCCGCAACAACUCCGCUUGGAACCACCGAUAUAUGCUCCGGUUUGGACCGCGUGACGACGAGCCAGAUGCCGGGAUGGCAAACAGCAGCGGGGAUCCUUCUGAGAAGGGCCGGCUGGCCGUUGUCGACGAAGAUGUCAUCGACGCUGAGCUGCAGUACGCUAAGUCCAAAAUUGUCCGAGCACCCGAAAACCGCAGCCCGUGGUCGUAUGCGCGGGGUGUAUUGCGCGCCGCGGGUCGGCCUCUUUCGGAAUGGAAGGAGUUUACACGCAAAUUCGUCAUUGAAAAGAACGGGGAUGUUGAGGUCAAGAGCAGCCAUGCUAUAGAGUGGCUUGCUGAUGUAUUUGCCGAAGAAAGUGGAUCAGCACAGGAAGCCGUCCGCAUGCUUACUCUGCUGAAGGAAAAGUAUGAUCCCAUCCGGUCAAACUACUGGGACUAUCGGAUUCGGACGAUCACCGGCUCAGAAGUUCCUGCUUCCGCAUGAAAUCAUUUUUAAAUAGCAUGUAUCGAUAGCGAGGGGUAUAGGACGAACAUAUGUCUACUGAAUAAGUUGGCAGUGAUUCCUGAUUCUCUGGAAAUAUUUUGUCAAUAUCACUAAUAAGGUCCAUAUCUAA